AUGAAAAGAAGCUCAACCAGUCUGAGAGUGCGACUGCCAGCACUUGUGCUCCUGCUGGAGGUCAUCAUUGUGACACUUUACACUUUCUUUGUCACCUAUGAUGAUGAUGCCAAUGCCAAACUGCAGAAUAAUCUCACCAAGCCAAUGGAGAACUCGCUCUACCGUGACUAUCCUUUCUUCACUGACAUUCAAGUGAUGAUCUUCAUUGGCUUCGGCUGCCUGCUGGCAUUUUUCCGCCUAUAUGGAUUUGGCGGCAUGGUUUUUAAUUUCCUGACAGCUACAUUUGCUAUUCAGUGGGCUAUCCUUGUUCAGGGAUUCCUCCAGUUCUACAAAGAAGGCAAGAUCCACCUUGGCGUGAUAAACUUAAUCAAUGCCGAGUUUGCAUGUGCAGUUGUGCUGAUUUCAUUCGGGGCAGUUCUGGGGAAGACCAGCCCUGUGCAGCUCCUGGUAAUGGCUCUGCUGGAGGUGCCAGUUUUUGCCAUCACUGAGUGGGCUGUGCUCACAUACCUGAAGAUCAACGAUGCAGGUGGGUCCAUCCUCAUUCACCUCUUUGCCUGUUACUUUGGUCUGGGUGUCACAUUUGCCCUGUACAGACCCUGUCUCAACCAGGGUCAUGCCAAGGAGGUGACAAGCUACCAAUCUGACAUUUUGUCACUGAUGGGAACACUGUUUCUAUGGGUGUUCUGGCCUUCCUUUAAUUCUGCCCUCACCCUAAAGGGCGAUGACCAACACCGGGCUGUUCUGCAUACCUUCAUCGGACUGAGUGCCUCAACCCUCACUGCCUUUGCCCUUUCUGCAAUGCUAAACAAGAAUGGCAAGCUUACAAUGGCCGACGUGCAGAAUGUUACGCUGGCGGGGGGAGUGACUGUGGGCGCUUCAGUUGACAUGAUGAUCAGUCCGGCUGCGGCCUACAUGCUGGGGAUGAUAGGAUGCACAGCAUGCAUGCUGGGAUACAAAUAUCUGAGUCCUUUCAUGUCCCAGCACCUCAGGAUCCAAGACCAGUGCGGCAUUCAUAACCUCCACGGCCUGACAGGUCUCAUCUCCAGUGCAGCAGGCAUCGUGGCUAUCCUGCUCGCCAGUGAGGCCACCUACGGACCCAGCCUCUAUGAGAUCUUCUGCUACCGUGCACCCCAGGAGGGUGACCCUCGGCUUGAGGAACUGCAAAGGUUAAUUCCGGGGCUUCAGCCAGGGCUAGGCCGCAGUGCCCGGGAGCAGGCACUGUACCAGGUGACGGCGGUGUUUGGCACCAUAGCAGUAGCAGCUGUAGGUGGGGUGUUGACAGGCCUGGUACUGAGACUGCCUUAUCUGGCCUCCCCGGAUGAUGAGUCUUGCUUUGAUGAUGAGCUGUUCUUUGAUGUGCCUCCAGACUACGACUGCAUGGCUGGCCAGGCUGGUUCAUCAUGUGUAAACACAGAAACCAAACUAGGAGACUCAAAGGACUAAGGACUGUCUCUAAACAUACUCAUUCAGGGCAAGUACAGGGAAAACUGCAGUUCAGAUUGACAUGUCAUUACUUUAAUGCAAGCAAUGUUUAAGUUGCUAUUUUAUUUUUCUACUUUCUAAAUAGUUACCUUAACUCAUUGAAUGCCAAGCUGUUUUCGGAAGCU